AUGGCCGGAAUAAAGGGAACUAUCAUGUUUGAGGAAUUGGGGAGAAAUCUGAGUCUGAAAUUCCGUGUCCAAUUUUCCCAUUUUCUAAUCGAACCUCCAAUUAAACUGACCUUAAAGAGAGUGCAAGAAAAGCUACAAAACAAGACAAUUUCUAUAAAACAGCAAACGAAGAGAAUUGAUGUUGAUCGUUGGCUUAAGGGGUCUCCAUUUUAUUCACAGUCAUCUUCGACUAUGAGAGUUACAAGGCGACGUAUGGAUGAGAAUCUGGCAGAAAUAAGCUUGAAAUCGCCUGUCGUAAGGCCUUAUGUUAGAUCAAAAAUGCCUCGGUUAAGAUGGACUCAUGAUCUUCACCAAUGCUUUGUGCAUGCAGUUGAACACUUAGGUGGAGAAGACAGAGCUACACCGAAGAUGGUUUUACAGAUAAUGGAUGUGAAGGGACUUACAAUCUCCCACGUAAAGAGCCAUCUUCAGAUGUACAGGAGCAUGAAGCAUGAGCAGAUGAUACAAGAAGCAGCUACAGCGGCAAAGAGAAUUGAGAAGGGAUCGGAUCCGAUCAACUGCCAACAAAAUCAUCAGCUUCAGAAUGGAAGAACCCCUAACUGCAAUUCCUUUCAAAAUCUAAGCUUCGGAAUCGAAGGGAUGUCUUCAAAUACCAUCUUUCCUGAACAAUGGAAUGGAAACAAAGUGAGUAGCCAGUUACCAUAUGCAGAAGUAACAAAUAAAGGAUCUGAGCAGAGAUCAAAUUCAUAUAUGAUCUCCAAGGAUUUACUCAAAAGUUGCAUGAUCCCAGAGAUGUGCAAUGAGCAAGCAAAAGUGGGGCUAUAUGGUGGUGCAGGUUGGAAGUGCAACCAUCAAAGACUAGUGGUUGACUUAUCUGAUCAUAAGGCAGCAGCAGCGAGAAUAUCUGAUGCUUCGAUAAGUCCAUCGCUGAACUCAAAAGUUUCCCGGUCAACGUUAAGGCUGGGCAAAGCUGAGAAGCUAGAUGUGAAUGAUGUCUCAUUAGAACUCACUCUUGCUUAA